UUGGAGCAGGCUAUCGGGGGCCAACAAUCUGUGUGUUGGCUCCAUCUGCACUGAGACACAGGGCACACUGAGGAGACUCCAGUCCCAAGAAGAUGGCUCCGACGUUGAUGUUGCUAUUCCUUUGCCAAGCAGCUUUAUACACAACUGUAACAUCCAAGAAGGUAUGUGCUCGACCUCUUGUCACUGAGGGGAUUGAUGAAAUCGGCCUAAAACGUGUGUAUGACGUUGGAGAAGAGGUGAUCCUUAGAUGUGAACUGGGGUACUUGCCUUCGACAGAUGCUGUCCGGAGGAUUACCUGCACCGGCACAGGACAAUGGACACAGCCAGAGCUGACAUGCUCCCCUAAGAUGUGCCCAAUCCCAGAACCUCUGCGGCCAUUAACAAUGGGGAGGACAGAAGCUCCAUUCAAGACUGUGCUUAACUUCUCAUGUGAUGACGGGUAUGUCAUGCAGGGAGCCAAUAAGAGCAGCUGUUUACCUGAUGGUACCUGGAGCGACUCACCACCUGUCUGCAAAGCUGUGAACUGUCCGCUGCCCAAGCCACUUAGAGAUGGAAGAAUUGUCCAUGAUAGGCCAGUUACUACAAGCACCACCAUGUAUGGGCAUGGCUGGACAUAUGAGUGCAACCCACCCAAGGCUCCAAGUUAUGAGAGAGGAUCCUGCAUGGCUGAUGGAAGUGCAACCGAGCCACCGGUGUGCAGAGAGGUGAGCUGUGCCAUCCCAACAGCCAUACCAAAUGGAGUCAUCACCUUUGCUGUGAUGAGACAACAUAGCUACAAGGACAAGGUUAAGUACGCCUGCAAUGAGCACUAUGUUCUGGAUGGUGAGGCUGAGAUUCAGUGCCAAAAUACAGGAAACUGGUCUACCAAGCCAGUUUGCAGAGCUCCCUGCACAGUUGGCAUCAAAAGAGGCCGAAUCUUCUACAAUGCCAAGAAGCUCUGGAUCGCAGACCUUAAACCCAACAGAGUCCUCCAUGGAGAGCCUGUUGUCUUCUAUUGUCAGAACAGUGCUGAGAAGUGUGGCUAUCCUGUGGCCAGCAUCUGUAGAGAUGGAACCCUCCCCAUCCCAGAGUGCUUUGAGGAACCAAGCAGGACACAGUACACCUUAAAGCCCAAAAGCCUUCCAUCGGAAAUCGCAAUGUGUGCUGCCUCACCUCCUGCAAGCCCCACAAGCGCUGCAAGACCUGCAUAACUGUGCACAGAACAACCUGAACCACCAUAACAAUUAUAUGAACCACUGGAUCAUGAAUAAUUGAUGUGUAACAAUGUGUUACAGGGACAAAGGCCAUUUACUUUAUAUUACCCGUCUAAUAAUAAAGUAAUUAUAAAAAAAAUAUGGCUUUCAUUAAGGAUGGAAAAUGGUGGUUUGGUAGCUGAGAGAGUAUCUGGGCCUCACAAAAGAACAUUUUGUAUUCUUAUCUUACUCACAGUAAUGAAAUAUAGAAUCCAUGAGAUAAUAACUGCACAUUACUCCUAAAACAUGUACUCCUAAACUUACAUAAAAUUGUUUGUGCUUAAGAGAAUAUUGGAAAUACGAGAAAAUUGUUGAAUGCAUAUCAAGUUAUAAUCACAAUCUGAAGAAAGUAUAUCAUUUUAGUUUUCUGAUACAUACCUAUACUCAGUACUAAGGUUACCAUAAUAACUGAAUAUCUGAACUAUGUGUGCUAUCCUUUCCCACAAGAGCUCAUACCAAUUCACAGCUUAUUCGUGUGUGAAUUAACGUGAGUCUGAUCUCCUUCAUAACCUCUAUAUGUGACCUUAAGCACUCCUAUCAAAGUGUGAACAAUCCACACAGGUGCUUAGACUCCCCAUCUGCCAGCAGAACUGAUGAAGUGAUGAGAGGUGAAAUGCCCUCAAGACAAUGACACGGAAUUAUACAAAGAGUGAGGCCAGAAAAAAAUCAUACUUGUAUAGUUCUACCUUCUUGCUUUUAACCAAGUCUGUGUGGUUAUAGCUGACUAUGUUAUCUCUAAACUUAUACUGAUAUUGCAUUUAAGGAGAUACAUAAUUCUAGGCCACAUGCUCCAAAAAUAGGGGGCAGUAAUUCAACUUUUUGCAAGAAUUACAUAAUUUACUACAGUUUAGGAUGCAGCUGCACACAGUCCUGUCUGAGAGCAGCCUGGACCCGACAGUGACUGCCUAACGCCUCUUGAGACACAAGUGGUAUUACAGGACAGAAUGGAAACAUAGACUGUGUAUAAAUAAUGGUUGUAAUCACCGUGAUGUCACCCGUUGGUGUGUGGACUGUCUGUUUGAAGCAUUGGGUUCGCCGCCAUUUUUGUUUUUUUGAAACCGGGAGAGAACAUAUUUGGACUGGGGAGGCGUGCGGACAGGAUUAUCUAAAAAUAAACUCUUAAUGCUAAAAUAAAAUGUAUGUAACUUACUGGAAAAAAAUAAACAGCUGACUCCC